UUCCUUCAAUUCUAACACUCACAAAAAUGAGGUCCCUCAAGUUAUUCCUUUUAUUGUCCCUGCUCGUAGCUUCUGCUGCCAUUGCUCUCUCCACCACACCCUCUGAAGGAGAAUCAUUGAUGGACGAUAACGAUGGUGUUGUGGAGGAAAACUCUGAUAUACCUUGGCAGGAGAACCAAGAAACAACUUCUUCUUUUUUGAGAGGAACAAAGCGGUUUCUUGCCCAGAAAACAAGAGGAGUGCAAAUGACGUGUGACAAAUACCCUAGGGUUUGCAGAGCGAAGGGCAGCCCAGGGCCAGACUGCUGCAAGAAGAAAUGUGUGAAUGUGAUGACAGAUAAGCUUAACUGCGGCAAGUGUGGGAAGAAAUGCAAGUAUCCAGAGAUUUGCUGCAAAGGGGUAUGUGUAAACCCAAUGUCCAACAAGAAGCACUGUGGAGGCUGCAACAACAAGUGCAAGCAAGGGAGUAAAUGUGUUUAUGGGAUGUGCAGCUAUGCAUAAAGAAAUCAACCCAUUUCUUUCAUUGGAUUAGAAAUCAUAAAAUUAAAUGUGUAAUAAUAGUCAAUUAAUUAUUUGAUCAACUGGAAUAAGAGCGAACCAUCACCAUAACCAUAAGAUGGGUUGGCUUCGCUAGGGUUUAUUUAUUCUUUAUGAUACAUACGUGUUAUUUAUUCUUGUUUUAUCUUAGAGCACCACAUGAUUUAUGGGUUAAACAUAUAAUCUAAUAGCUUGUGGUGAAGCUACUGGUAUUUUCUUUUUGAAAAACUUUUAUCAUGCACGCUUCUCCUCUUGCCAA